GGAUGGUGCUGCACAGGUACGAAGAUCUGGAGGACGAGGCGGUUGCUAUGGAGGCAUUGGGCGCCAACCAGGAGCUGGCACGACGUCGCCAUGAGCUAUUGAAUGACCCGGUCAUGGUUGUGACGUCUGAGUGUGGACUGAGGAGCGUCCACGUUUUGGCUGAAGAGAUGGCGUUCGUGAUGCCGGCAGAGCAUCAUGUGGACCUGGUGGCCUCAGACGACGCGACCACUUGCUCCAUCGUGCUGCUAAUAAGCGAUGAUGUCGUGGCAGUGGCUCACUUAGACUCGAAAGAGCAAAUGGUGUUCUUUUUGAAGAAAUGGGAGAGUGUGGUGAAUUCUGCGGUGACGCGAGUUGCCAUUGCCGGUGGAUACGACGACGAACGGGAGAUCGCUCGUCCGAUUUCAAUUGAUAUUUUGCGGGCUCUCAUGAGUAGUAAAGCGGCGUACGAUGUGCAGCAAAUUAUAACAGGGAGAUGGAACACUGCAGAUACUGGCAAUGGGGAAAUGUUGCCGCGUACGAGAGGAGUCGGCUACUUUCCUGCAGAAGACAUCUAUCGAUGUGUAGAAUUCGAGCCUGAUGCCCGGCUGCCUUUAGUACCCUUGAGAUUCGCUGGAGUGUCCCCGCACCCACUUCACACGCUAAUGUGUUGUCUGGAGAAGGACAAACCUCUAGAGAUUACCGUAGGGCCAUAUUACGCCACACUACUUUCACCGGAGGUCUGUCCCUACAUGCUAGAUUUAGACGAUGGCGAGUUGUUGCAAAGGAUUUCUACGUCACCAUUUGCUGAAGGUCCCAAGUUUCUUCAAGACAUGAGAGAUAUGCUCGAGUUCAUUAGCAAUUGCUCACUUCGAAGUUUGGGCAAUACUUUCGUGCUGACGCUGCCUGCAAGACGGCAAGAUACCAUUGACUCAAAAAAUAUUUAUAGUGAUCAAACUGGGGCGUCGGCACCGACAAGCCGUACGAUUCGAGAAAUACUGGACCGCGAGGAGGCCUCGUACGAGGCAUGGCGAAAGACACGUAAACCUGUUCGGCUACCUCACGCCAGCUUGAAACUCAACAGCCCACUAAAAACCGUUUCUCGUGAUGAUUCCAAUCAGACGAAGUUUAAUAAGGCAAUGCGAGAUGCAUUUAAAACCCCACAAGCGGGAUCUGAUGGUGUAUCUCGAUCCCAGUCGGUUGCCGCAGUGACCUCGAAGAAUGUCAAACGCAAGGAUGCAUUGAUCACCGGAGGAUUCACACGAUCAGCUGAAAUGCUCCCAAGUCUGGGUAUUGAUCAAGAUACUCGUCAGAAGCAAGAGCAGUUUAGCCAAGCGAUUGCUCAACCAAGGAAGACGUCCGAUAGCACAACUAUCCCUAGCAUUGCGCCACGUAAGGCAACGCGAAGGAAAUUUCAGCAGUACCUGUACGAUUUUCAUUCUCGACAAGUCUUCUCUUUCGCGAAAAACGAGAUUGAAGAAUUUGAAGAUGUAAUGAAAUGUGAAAAGGCUCAAAAACUUGUAGCGUGUAGCGCUGGAGAAGACGAAGACGAUGAAGUCAGCGAAGAUAUGAGCAGCGAAGGUAACUCUCUGCCUGGAUGGGGCAACCCCUCUGAGAAUUAUACUCGACAGUUGAUGAACGAACACCACAGUGAGUACUUGCUCACUGGUCUGGGCUUCUUGUCGGGACCUGGCUACGACGAACUUUUCUCAAUCCACUGGAAGCUAGGCGAAGCAGAGAAAACUGUGCGCGAUGCUGUGGAUCGAAAACGAAUCCGUGAGAUUUUGAGAAAAGCCUACCGCAUGUUGCUUUGGUUCUUUCGUUACUACGCUGGCAAUGCUGCUUAUGCUGUUGCAUCUGAGCGGCGCACUGGACCCGGAUUGGUGGUAACUUUGGGAGAUGGCUUGUUUGAAAUACCAAGUCGAGUCCGUUUGCUUGAGGACUUGAAUGUACAAUGCGUUGAUGAGGCAAGAUUCGGUGUUACAGAUUCUCCCCUGAAGCGGGAGCACUUGAUUGAUUUUCUGAUUAACGUUGCCAAAAUGAUGUGUACGCAUUCGUCGAAUCCUACCCGCUUGAAAAUGGCCAUCAGCGACGGCGUCGAAAUGUCCGAAGCAGUGAAAACACUCGUCCACGAGCACUUUGGUGUGUUUGCACAAAUUCAAGAUGUGGAUCACUUUCGAACCAUUUUUCUUCGCAAACCUCAGAAUACUAAUGACCGUGGUGUCCGUAGAAGACUUUGUGCUAUUCUAGAGACACACAAGAACAACCUGACCAACUUCUUUAAUGAAUUAGUCAGCGCCGGAGUUAUUGCGCGUAGUGGUGGCAACGACAGGACCAAGAGUCAACAGCGGCAGCGAGGCAGUGGAAGUGGUAUUGCGUGUACGCAGUUCCUUUCCACUCUGCGAUCUAUCAACCUAAUCACGUCGAGAGGUGUCAUCACUGAUGCAAACAUUAACCCAAAUGCUGACGAUGAGGUGUCUGGGGGAGGCCCUUCCGGGGUUGAUGAAGUUCGGGCUGUGCGCAUUUUUCUUUCUUGUCUUCCCAUGGCAACAUUCGACAGCAACGAGUGUGAGGGUGCAAGUAGAACUGCCAUUACUGCAUCCACGAGUACUGAACCCCGUGAACUGACGCUGUCUCAAUUCAUCGAGGCACUACUUCGAGUGGCGUUCACGUGGAAGGAGCUUCAGAUUUGUCAUGGACGGUUUGACGUGUGCUCCAAUCAAAUGGCGUCGGAUCGUUGCCGAUGCAACAUCGACCUAGCUCAGUACGCGUUCGAUGUCUUUGAUAAUGCCGCUGAAGAGGUUUUCACACGUAUCCAUGGCUACCGACUCAAGCGGGCUCAACAGCGAACAAACAUGAGGAUGCACAUGAAGACGCACAUCUCCCUGCACGCGGUUGUAGCAUUGACAGCCGUCCAGAGAGCCCCCAAUCGCUUGCUACCGAUCGAAGAAAAGUAA